GAUGUCGAUAAAUCAUUAGUUAAAGAUCAACUAAAUGAAGAUAUAGAUGAACUUCAGAUAGAAUCCUUAAGCGAUCUUAAGGAUGACAUAAAAAGAUUAGUUGAAUCAUUUAAUUGCUAUUUGGAGAAAGACCAAAUAAAUGCUAAAAACUUGGAUAUAGAUAGUCUAAAUAUACACAAAUUUUUAAACCAGGUUACCGAGCAACACA